GUCUCGGCAUGACUUUGAAUACAUGAUUGGUCUAGUGGCAGAGGCUGAGGCAAAGGGGGCAACGUCCGAGUUGGCGGGCGUGGCGUGGCGCCUCGUGGCGUGUCAAACACAUUUACUCGUUCGCCAGCUGACACCAUCGCCCCGCCCUACAUAGCUUCUCCGCAUUAUCCGUGACACAUAACGUGUUGCUCCAAAGUUCUACAUGGGUCAAUGUAGCAGGGUUUCAGGGAGCCGGGCUAGCAAAAGUGCAUUCGAUGCCAAACGAUGCGGUCUUCCUCGUCAAACCUUGACGCCUUUACCACCUGCUAAGAUAUACAUGGUGAUAAGGCUACUACAUGCAUAGCUGUUGAUGCGAAAUAGAUGAUAGCUCUGUUUUCGCAAAAAUGGUAUUCGCUGGUUGCAAUAGUAACGUGUUCUUUACCUUCUUGACAAGGAUUACUGAUGGCGUUGCGACAGGCAUUUGGGCCUCGAGCGUGCUGUCCACUUAUAUCAACGUCCUAGAAGGUGGCACGGAUGUGGCCAAUGAGCGUGUGGGCUAUGCCCAGGCCAUCCAGGGUACCUUUCUGGCGGUGGCGGCAAUCCCAGCCGGCUGGCUGGCCAUGCAUUACCGGCGCGACGCCAUCCUGCGGGUGAUGGGGCUGCUGGCGUUCGCCGCCAUCGCCACCACCAGCGCCGCGCUCGUGCUGUCGGACGAGGCGGUGGGCGGCUACAAGUACUGGCUGCUGUGCGGCGGACUGGCGCUGUGGGGCGUGGCGCAGGCCAACGCCCCGGUGCUGGACGCGCUGUUCGCCGACUCCACCACCACUGGCGACCGCUCCCGCCUCUACACCUGGCUGCACAUGAGCUACAUCGUGUCUCAGGGCGUGGGGCCGGGCGUGGGCGCCGUGAUGUUCUACCUCAGCGGCAACGUGUGGAAGCUGGAGGUGAUGCAGAACGUGAUGCUUGUGGGAAUGGCUCUGGCCUGUGUGCCGGCGGCGCUGCUACUGCUCGGCUUCAACGACGACGCAGCCCUGGGCGUCGAAAGCGAGGGACUGCUAGCCGCCCGCGCGCCGCUGCUGCAGCCAUCUGGGUCGGGCCGAGGGCCGGGCGAGCGCGAGCGCGACUUCUCCAGGAUGAGCCGGGCUAGCAGCGGGCGACCGGGCGAGCGAGGAGGAGGAGGAGGAGUAGGCGCGGGCGUGGGCGUGGGGCUGUCGGGCGGCAGCUUCACAGCGGACGGGUCGGAGGGUUCGGGCCCCACGGCGGCGGCGGCGCUGCGGCUGGCGCUGGGCGCGGCUGGCGCGGCGCGGCACCGGUACAGCGGCUUUGGCGAGUCGCAGGAUGUGAGCGAGGAUGAGGAUGAGGAGGCGGGCGCGGCGGGCGGCAGUGGCGGCGGCGGCGAGGACUACCGGCGGCGGCUGCUGGACGGAUGGGACAGCGACAACGAGCCCAACUCCUACAAGGCCGCGUGCGGGCCGACAAGCGCGCGCCCCAGCCCGGCUCGGCCCGUGGUGCCUGCGGGCGGAGGAGCUGCCAGCAGCUACACGCCGCCGCCGGUGGUGGUGGUCACGCCGGCGGCGGCGGCGGCGGCGGCGGUGGGAGGCAGCGGCCUGAGCCCCGCACCGCCGAACGUGUCCAGCCACGCGCUGCUGCUGUCCCCCGACGUCUCCACGCCCGCCACCAACCGCUCCACCGCCACCACCCCCGGCGGCGUGUCGCCCGCACCCGCCGCCAGCGGCCGCCCCAGCCUCCAGGGCAACCACGUGGCCACCGCGGCGGGGGCUGUAGCGCCAUCCGCGGGUGCAGCGGCUGCUACAGCCAACUUGCCGGGCGUGCUGGGCACGGCGGCGGCCGCCGCGGAGGCGUGGCGGCAGCAGCAGCAGCAGCACGGCGACGCUGCCGCCGGUAGGAGUGUCGACGAAACCGCUCAGGGCAAGUUCCAUGCGAUGCGCCAAGCAGUGGACAGCGCCGCUGAUCCGAUGGCAACGGCGCCGCCGCCGCCGCCGCCGCCGCCGCCGCCAGCCAUGGCGGACUGCCGCACCGUCAGCAUCUUCGGCGGCGCGGUUCCGGGCAUUGACGCGGCGGCGGAGGCGGCCAUUGCGGCAGAGGCUGCGGCGGCAGCUGCCGAGGGCGACGGCGAGGGCGGUGGCGCUGCCGCCGGCGCGGGCUCGGAGCUGUCGUUCAGCGCCAUGCUGCGGCCCGGCUCCAAGAAGGGGGGUUCCAAGGCACGCAACCGCUACGCCAAUGCGGCGGCGGCCAGCGCAGACUCCGCUCGCGCUAGUGGCGGCGGCGGCCUGUUCGCGUUUCCCGAGGAGGUCCUUCGGGAGGACGAGGAGGAGGAGGUUGAGGUGGGGGUGGAGGAGGAGGAGAUUCGUGUCGUGGCCGGCCGCAAUGAGAGUGCCACCGCCUCCGCGGCCUCCGCUGCAGCAAACAGCAAUGGCCAGAAGCAGGCAGCCCCUGCAGCGGCCGCCACGGCGAGCAGCGGCAAGCCUGGCGAAGCUCAAGCCGCGACGGCGGCGGCUGCGGCGGGCGGGAAAGCAGGGGCUGCUGCCAAGCGCGGACCGACGCUGACGCUUCCCAAGACGUCAGCGGACGAUGCGAGCGGGGCGUCCGCUCCUGCCAGUGACGGCCCCGAGACACCCACGUUCUACGCCGCCUCUGCAGCAGGCAAGCAGCCUCCGUCUGUGGCGGCUCCAUCCCCGGCGGCGGACCUGGAAGGGUCAAUCACGCCUACUGCGGCGGCGGCGGCUGCCGCCGCCGCUGCGACGCUGCAGCGCUCCCCGCCGCCGAUCAAGACAGUGGCGCCGGUGGAAAACGAGACGAAAGCCAACAAGAAGGACAAGGACGGAAAGGACAAGAAGGAUAAGGAUAAGGAACGGCCGGUGCCGACGGGGCCGCAGGAGAUGAUUGCCUCCCCCAUGGCCGCCGCCGCCGCGGCCGCAGCCGCCGCCAUCUCCGCCACCGCUGCGGCUGAGCGCGAGCGCAUGCGCACCGGCCGCCGCACCAGCGGCGAGGUAGGUGGCGGCGGCGGCGGCAGUGCGGCGGCGUCGCCGUCGGGCUCGCCUCGCGUCAGCUCCUCAGGUAUGGCGGCGGGAGGGCUCGGCGCCUUCGGCACCCCACAGCUGCCCUUCCUCAGCGCUGCCGCCGCGGCGGCGGCCAACCUCGGCGGCUCCACCCCCAGCUCCCCGCGCGCGGUGCCGGUGCCGGUGCCGGUGCCGCCUCCGGCGGUACCAGCUAACCCGUCGCUGUCGCCUCCACGGCACCUGCACGGCGCCAUUCCGCGCCGCCCCAGCCGCCUUUCAAGCAGCAGCGGCGGUGCCGACGAUUUGCACUUCCCCAACCCCGUCACCACGAGUGGCACCGGCGGAGCCGCCGCCGAGAGGCACCAUGACGCCGGUCCGCACCACGUCCCCACCCAGCCGCAGCUGACGCCGCCGCCGGCGGAGCGGCAGCGACUGGCUAAGAACACGCCUGGCAAUGACCGGGCACCAGGCGGCGGGGCUGGCGGAGGAGGAGGCGGAGGCGGUGCUCUGGUCGCCGGGGUACGGCGGGUCAGCGGAGCAGGCGGUGGCGGCGGAAGGGAGGAGGCGCCGCCGCGGCUGGGGCCGCGCAGUGCGAUACAGGCGGAGAUCCACAAGCGGCGCUUCCUGUGCCUGACCAUGGCCUGGAUCCCGGGCGUGCUGGCGCUCACCGACUGCAUCAUGGGGCUGGCGUCGGGCAUGACUAUCAAGUUCUUCCCCAUCUUCUUCAAGGACGCGGUGCUGCUGCCGCCCGUGUACGUCAACCUCAUGUACUGCGCCAUCCCGCUGUGCCUGUCCUCCGCCGCCUUCGUGGCGCAGCGCCAGAGCCGGCUGAUGGGCCGCGUGCAGACCAUGGUGCUCAACCGCGGACUGGGCAUCACGCUGCUGGCCUGGAUCGCCAGCCACCCCAACCACUGGCGCGAGCCGCGGCUAAUGGUUCCCAUCUACAUCGCGCGCACCUCCAUCAUGAACUCCAUCUACCCGCUGCAGAAGUCCAUCCUCAUGGACUUCGUGCCCAAGGAGAGCCGUGCCGCCUGGAACAGUCUGGAGUCCGUGACCGCCUUCGGCUGGAGCGGCAGUGCGGCGCUGGGCGGCUGGCUCAUUCACAAAUACGGCUUUCAGUUCACGUUCAUCGUCACGGCGCUGAUGCAGAGCAUGGGCUGGGCCAUGAGUAUGCUGCUGCUGCCCAUCGUGCCGCGCAAGGAGGCGGGGCUGCGGGACGCGGUGGUGGCGGCGCGGCGUGGGUCGGUAUCGGGGGUGGGGGCAGCCGCCGCAGGAGGAGGAGGCGGGGGCGCGCGCGGCGAGCGGAGGGCGGUGUCGCCCGGGCGGCGGUGAGCGGCGCGCUGCCCUACGUGGCCCUGCGGUACGGGAGCGCUACUCGUCUGUGACUCUGUGUGUCAGUUACUGAAAUGUACGAAUGUACGAUGGCUGCGGUGCGCCGGAGUUCGUGCGCCAGCGGUUGUACUUCCUGAGGUCGGUGGUGGGGCGAGGGAGCUCGGGGCUGUGAAUGAGGAGGAGACCACCCUGCCAUGACCACCAGCCUACACCCUUGACUUGGUGUUACAAGCUGGAAGUGAGCAUUCUCAAACCCUGUAAUCGCAACGUAAC